ACCAAUCAGCAAUAGUCAAGUGACGAGAGUCGCCAUCUUUGCCUAGAUACGUCGCAGUGUCGUUUGAAAGAGAAAAGUGUGGGUCUAUCCUGAGCGGUUUAUCUGAGCUUUUCUGGACUUUCUGACAGCCUGGAUUCAUUCGACUCUUUCGGCCUCGGGCUGGAGGGCGAGCAGAACUUCGCCACGUCGCCGUCUCACGAGUCGGACCGCAGCAUGGCAAGUCCCGCCAGUAGCACAGAAGACUACGCCAGUGACGCCGCAGACCAGCUCUUUGCCGAGCUACAAUCGUCAGACUUCAACUUCGACAACCUACAUCUCACCAAGGCAGACCAGGACGAGGAGGAAGAAGCGAUUCGCGGUCUCUUUGGGGGUGAGGAAAGGAGGGUGGAAAACGUGAAUAUGUCGCAGAGUAACGACAACGGUAAGAAGACUCACAUGGUACUCAAAGUAAAGUUGCCAGUGCUACCGCCUAAAACCAUCGAACAACUCACAAAACGGCCAACAACAGCGACAACACCCGCGCCAACCCCAACCGCGCCAACACAGGCGCGCCAGGAACCAGAGGAUUCGAACCAGAAGAAGAGAAACGCUGAGUCUGCGCGUCAGAACAGACUGAAGAAGAAGCUCUACCUCCAAGAUCUUGAGGGGAGAGUCGACAAUCUCCAGAAGGAAAACACCUCCCUGAAGAAGGAAAAGAAUAAGAUGGAGACAACCAUCGCAUCCUUGGAGGAGGAGCUGGAGUACCUCAAAAGUGUGCUGGCCAAUCAGAGCACGCUUUCCAACCUGUUGAAGAACAUUGAUGCUACUGAAGGCGUGUCUCUCAGCACCUCCUUUCCCUCCAACCGCAAGAGAAAAGCUGGAGAGAAGGACCACGACUACUCGAAAGGGAAGAAGAGGAGGCACACAGACAACAGCGGCGGGGUUUGCCUUCACGUGAACAAGGACCAAGUUUCUCUGGAGUUCUGCAGCAAGUGCGCACACAUGGCCAUCGGGGGAGAGCGCCAGUGACUGAACCCUGGGUUGUCAUGAUGGUAACAGUGUGGUACAAAACGGUUGAAAACGGUAACAACUGUGUCGUUCCCAAAGGAAACUGCUGGAUAUCUGUGGACAUGCGGUCGCAGAAACAACAUUGAACAUGGCAUGUCAAAAUAACAGCUUGAAACAUGGCAAAUAGCAGAACUGAACACCUGGAAGACUUGUGGCAAUGUAAAAUAACCAUCUGAGUGACUUAUAUUGUAGCCAGUAAAAAGUUAGCAUGGAAAAGGUUGAAACCUGUAAAUCCACUAGAUGAGCACAUUGUGUAUCAGAUUGAGGGACCAGUUCAAAAUGCAUGGUUUUCCAGCAAUAGUACUUACUGUACAUUUGUAUUUUGUCUGGUUUUACGCUUUAUGCUCUAUUCCCUUGUAGCAAUGGUGUUCCAGAUGCGAGCAGUUGUUCCAGCGUCCAGUCUACUUCCACGGGCACUACUUUGUCAAUUUCAGCCCACCAGAUUACUUGGUAAGGAGGUAUUAGCUUCUUACACGCUUCACACAUUUCCAUAACCAUUCAUUUAUACACUUAGAUUACAAGUUUGCUUUGUGCAUUCAAGUUCAAGCAAGACAUUUUUUUCUGGUUUUGCAAUGCGGUAAUACUAGAUGCAUUAUUUCCUGAGGUUUUGAAAAUGUGUGAAUUGUGUUAACGUAGAAUAUACUGAAACCAGGAAACUUGCAAAAUUGUGCCCAUAACCAGUAAGGUCAGACAUUGUAUAUACCAGACAUUGUACAUACCAGAAGUGCUGUGGCACUGCUAUAUGCUUUUGAGUCAUUUUUGUUAUUCAGAAAUGGUGUAAGAUACAGGAAAAAAAAAGUUGCUGUACAUAAUGCUUUACUUUAGAAGUAAUACUGGUAGUUACCUUGAUAGCUCAUUGCUGAAAACUGGUAAGGCCUGAGAUAGAGAAAAGAAAAUUUUCUAUACCUUAUUAAAAUCUUUUUCCCCACAUGAAAUACCAGUUCUACAGGAGUAGUCUGAAUGGUCUAUUACCAGUUCUCAGCAACCUACUUUGUACCCACUCAGAGAUUUAAAAGUGUACCUCUUUUCUUUCCAAAUGGUGCGUGAAGGCGCACACACAUUCUACUUGGAGAGACAUGUGGAGCAGUAAUGGACAUACAGAUCCCAAAUGGUUAAAAUUAAGCGUAGGUAUCGGUAUCAAAGGUAUCCAUGUGAACUUCAACCUCCUUUGUUCUUGUGGAUUGUAGAGGUUUCUCUUGUAUAUUUUUAGUAGUCUUUUUAAACUUGCAUUUUGUGAGCCAAGCCCUUGUAUCUAAGGGUUUGACAUCUAAAACUGAAGAAAAUACUAAUAUUGUGUGAUCCAAGAAAGAAAAAAAAGAUAGCUUAAGAGUUUUGUUUGUAAUAAUACCUUGUUUGUUUCACUAUUAAAAGACGAUUUAUAUGAAAAUGAAGAGAUCAGAGCG